UUUCUCCUCACCCGGCUCUCAUUCCAUCAGGUCCUCACAACACACACACCACAGCCUCCAAACGCCUCAUCUCCUCCACCAGAGCGACAGGAUCAGAGAGAGGAAGAGUGGAGGUGACGGGUGAACAACAGCAGCAUCACUGACAAGCGUCUCCCUCACCGGGGGAGCGAGGGAGUAAGAGCUCCCGCCGUGGGGUCUCAGCUCUCCGUCUCCCUCCCCCCCUCCCUUGCUCCCUACCUCCCCCGGGCCCUCCUGGGAGCCUCCGGGCUGCUGCGUCGCAGGAGGAUGUCUCGCAGGGAGUCUCCGCCGCCACCCUCGCCACCUCCACCUCCACAGCUGCUGGGAGUGCGGAGAGGAGAGGUGGAGUGCGACGAUCGUCCAGAGCGCGCCGAGCCUCUGACUGAUGCCGAGAGGGAGAUCAUCCAGGACUCGUGGGGGCACGUCUACAAGAACUGCGAGGACGUGGGAGUGUCUGUGCUCAUAAGGUUCUUUGUCAACUUCCCAUCAGCCAAACAGUACUUCAGCCAGUUCCAGGACAUGGAGGACCCAGAGGAGAUGGAGCGAAGCAGCCAACUUCGACACCAUGCCCGCAGAGUGAUGAACGCCAUCAAUACUGUGGUGGAAAACCUCCAUGACCCGGAGAAGGUGUCGUCAGUGCUGGCCCUGGUGGGAAAGGCCCAUGCUAUCAAACACAAGGUGGAACCCAUGUACUUCAAGAUUCUGAGCGGCGUGUUGCUGGAGGUGUUGUCUGAAGAUUUCCCAGAGUUCUUCACUGCAGAGGUACAGAUGGUGUGGACCAAACUGAUGGGAGCGGUAUACUGGCAUGUGACAGGGGCCUACACAGAGGUGGGCUGGCUCCAGGUCUCCAGCUCAGCGGUGUGAAGAGUUUGGAGAAAGAAGGAGUUCUGGGAGGAUGGUUUCACAGACAUGGACAAGAUUAACGUGGUAAUCCGUGCAACUAUGUACUUUAUUUUGGUGACAUUUUGGUGCUAAGCAUUCAUUGCUGUGGUGUUUCUACAUCACACUUCCCCGAGAUCACUUGGACACCAAACAAUGUAGCCAGACAACAUUUUACUUUUCUCUUAAUGAAGUCUUAGCUAAUGUAAGUGGAGCUUCAGUCUAUGUUUUUAGCCACGGGCGCUUUCACUGCUAAUGCUAACUAUCCAGUUCUUCUACUGUUUAUUCCAAAAAAAACCCACUGUUGCUACCAAAAGCAUUAAACGCAUCACUUCCUGUGUAGCAUGGGAUCAUUACAGAGCUACCAAGUAGACAAGCAAGUCCAAAAGCUUUAAUAAACUGCUAUAUUUAAUUACUGCUCUGUUUCACAUUCACUGACAGUUGACCCUUCACUAAGCUCCCUUAGUUACAAGGCCUGUCAAGCUUUCGAACCUAGAGUACCACAUAUGGAGUUCAUAUGGUGUCAGAUUAGCCACUCAUAAUUGUCAUUUUUAAAACAAUGAUUCUUUGAUUUCAGACAUAGGUAGGCUUUUGCCACCUGUAACAGUUGUUCAAGAUUUUAGCUAAACAAGUUAUUUAAUAAUUCUGUCUCCAACUAACACAUUUAAACAAAUAUCCUGUAUUACUGUUAGGGUUGCCACCCAUCCUGUUGUAUACAGUCCCUUAUUGAAAAAUAACAUACAUUGUCUCUUACUGUAUCAAUAAAGGAUGCAAUUGGUCCUGUAUUUUCCUGCUCUCAUGCAGAUGCUACAUUUUCACAUGCUUUGAAUGACAUUUGAAAUUAUGAAACCAGAAGAGUUUCACGAGACACGUAUUGGAUCACAAUUUGUGGAAGACAAUGACACCCUGAAUGACAACUUGUCGUCAUCACCCUGGUUACAGAGAAGCUGAUGUGUGUUUUUCAAAAAAUGUUGGUGAAUCCCUUUAGCUCAAGUCCGCCCAUAAAAAGAAAGAGGCUGUUUUUCUUGUAGAUAUGAAUGGCAGACGGUUCAGUCUUGUUAGUGGGAAGGAGUAUUGUGGUGGACUGUCUGCCCUGUAGCAAGAUUCUGCAAGGGACACAAAUUGAUGCAUUAAAAUUCACCAGAAAGCAGGAAAUUAGUUAACACUCAAAAUCUGAUGGGUGAGGACCCCGAGACCUGAUGCUGUCCCUUAUUUCUCCACACUCAAGGUGGCAACCCUAAUUACUGAAUGCGCUUUUGAAGGCUACAUAAGUGCUACAUGUUAUUCUAAAAAGCUAAAGCUGAACGUCCAAAGCAAAAAGACAGCCUCUUCACCAGCUGAUCAAACAUGUAGAACAGAUGGCAAACAAAGAAGGACAUUGUUCUUGUAUUUCAGUGUAGCUAUUUAGUAUUGGUGGUGGUACAAUAUGAUAUGGAAAAUGUUGAUAAAAAUAUUGUAUUAUAGCAUCAUAGUAUCCUUCAGGACUGGCCCCAGUGCUGUGGGUAAUACUAACCACACAAUGGAUGUGUCGGCCCUGACUAAGUUAGUUAAUUAUAUACUGCGUGGUCUUGAAAGUGACGCUGGGGUAGGUUAUUACCAUAUGUAGUUAACUACUUAGCCAGACGUGCUAACAUUUGCAGCUUUGGUUAGAGCAGACAGACACACUGGUAAGAUACUGAGGUCCCUCCAAGCAUUGUAUAUAUUGCUCUUACUGCAGCUUCUUUCACACUGCUUUUGCAUGUGGAGAAAUCCAAAGCUUGACAGGCCUGCUGUGCCUAGUUACAGAUAAUCUAAAGUAAUGUUGGACAAUCACUGUUCAGGGUAGGGUUUUAGUGAAGGGUCAGCUGCAGAUGGCAGAAUUUAUUUGUAUGAAAAUGUUGCGGAUUAUUACUUUACAGAGUUCAUUUCUGUGGAAACCUGCAGUGAGAGAAGCAUCUUCCGGCUAUGCCGCACAAAUGUAUACACCUCAUGAUAUUCUGAAAGGGAGAUUAAGAAAUGUGUAGACAAGAAAUGAUUUUUAAGCUCUGAGAGGGGGGCAGUUAGUUGUUGAAGCCCUGGCUAUGGGACCAUGGAGCUGCUGACUGUUAAUAGAUUCUCUUUGUGUCCUACUACAGUAUGUUUAGGGGACCUGCGCCCCUUUCUUUCUCUAUUGAUGCAUUGCGUGCUCUUAAUGUCUUGUUUAACUUUACAGAGGUGUUGUUUGUAUAAGUGUACAGUGGGCAAGUGUGCAUACUCUUCUGCCUUUGUUUACAACUCAUUGACACGUUGAUCUGUUGACGUGUUAAAGAGGGCUGUUUUUUCUUUGCUAAAAGUCUUGGACUCGCAGCAAUGCUUUAAGUUUUUUAUUUGCCUAUCACUUUCAUUACACAACAUUGUGAAAGUGUGAUGGAAAAUAUCAGACUGUGGACACAAUCAGCAACCACACAUGUACACAUCCGCACACAGGCAUGCUAUAAGACCUUUCCUAUGCUAAUAUUUACAGGACUGUCCAUUAGUUUACCUCUUCAAAACCCCGUCAGAGAGACACGCUGCAUUAAAGGCUCCAUUAAGGGCUUUAGAAAGUCACUCUGGAGGUCUGCGAAAAAAACAUGUCAGCUUUAGAAGUGCCAUGAAUCUGUCUCUGACCAAUCUAACAAAGUUUAAUCUUUCCUCACAGUUUCACAGUCUCUUAACUCAUAUUCAGACAUCAUAUUCAGACAUCCUAUUCAUGGUGAUCUAACCCCUCCUCAAACACACUGCAUACUGUCAGACUACCUUUCUUUACCUUACUUAACCUCAUCGUCGUGUCACCACAAGUCUUUGGACUGCAUGUACUCCUGUAAGCAGUCCCCAUCUGCGAGUCUCUCUCUAGUCAAUUCCCAAACAAACAUAGAUGGCAAAUCUGUUUAGGAUGGACAUUUGAUCCAAUCUUCAGUUUGCAUCUGCUCCAGUGACGUCCUGCAUCUGCCAUCAGACCACCCUUGGCAUCGGCAUCUGGCAUUAAUGAGGAAGUAAUGAGUCUCCUCUCCUCCUCAUUUGGUCAUUCAUCUACUGUAACUUCCCAUUGCCUUCGUAAGAACCACCUCACCGGGAACAAAAACAAUUAUGACUGGACAGAUGGUCCUAAACCCACCAUGCUGUGUCAGCUAUUCACAAUAAUGCUUUAAAAAAUGUCUUUCAUUCACUUGCAGGAAAAUCAUUUUGUUGAUUUAUUGAUGUUUCUCAUUCAUUUCUGCUGUACAAAUUUAACAUGCAAGUUAAACCUAUUUUCACACAAAAACACAAGGCAAUGACUAGAUUCCAGCAAUCAUUGCAAUGCAGCAAUUAAAAUGCUAUUAGAUAUCUGUGUUUGACAAGUUAAAAACAUUUGCUGGUCUGUUCAACUUUAGUUUCAUUCCACGUUUUCCCCUGGUCGUACGUGUUCCCCUUGUAAUGGCUCUGUGCCCUCCCCUGGUUUGAGAACCACUGCCUUAGACAGACUCGUCAAUAAGUGUGUUUUCAAGUGUGUUUGUAUAUGCAAAUAAAAAAAAGCUGUGUGGCAAAAACUAAAAUGUAAAAACAUGUUAACAUAUGGCAAAAUCAGUAGCGUAUCAGUAAAAGCAAAAUGCAAUGGAAACAGACUUAGCAAAUACACUCUCUAAUCUGUGAUCUUGAGAUAACAGAAUUAAAACAAUAAUUGAAACAAUUAAAACACCACAGCCACUCAUAGCUUCAGUAUCUGUAAAAAAAACGGUUAUUUACAUCCUGUGCAGAAAUUCUCUAAGAGCUCUCAUUAAACGAGCUCCUUUUCAAGUUGAACUGGAGAGUCGUAAGCCUAUGUCACACAGUGAUAAGUCAGUCAGGUGGAUAAAAAUACACACAACAGUCAAACAAACCUCAAGGUAAACUAUUUCCACUUUGGCUCAAAUAGCUCUGGAGGCUGUAAAGCUGCUGUCAGUCAUAAAUGCUCCGGUUCAAAAUACACACCGGUUCUAUUCUUUGCCCGACUUCUGACGUCAGCGCCCCUCUGAGGUCAGACUUCAAGUAUCUUGAGGUUCAGGAAUAUUUUUGUUAAGGGGAAUUCCCCUGACAUCUUGUUUAUUAAACAUUGUGUGGUGUGAAUCCCAUCUGCAAACACACACACACACACACACACACACACACACACACACACACACACACACACACACAAUGUACUGAUGGAGAUGUACUGUUGCACAUGCUAAGCUGCAGGCUUUGUGUCCCUAUUCGUCUAUAUGAAGCACGUUCCUCAUCACACUAUAAACACACACUUGCACGUACAAUUAUGUGCAAACACAUCCCAAUUACUCUUGCUCACUUGCUUUCUUUAUCACUUUUCUCACUCACAAACACAUGGUCUUGCAUUAAAUUGUCCUGAGUCGGGCAUGUCCUUGCAUGCCAAGUGUACUACAGCAGCACUUAAUCCAAUAUAUAUUUUUAUUUAAUCUGAAAAUUAGACAAAUAUUCCCAUGUUCAUUAAUUCAUUUCAUACAUUUGUUCUCUGUCAGCAAAUAAGGGCAUCACAGCAUAUGUGGAACUAUGUGUUUUUGUUGUGAAAUGUUUCUGUCUAUCAGUUAAAAAGUUAGGACUUUAUAUUUUUCUAAAUAUAUCUAUGAGAAGGAAUCUAUGUAUUUGAAUACUGUAUAUGAAUAUGUCAUUGUAUACUGCGUUGUUGGUGGGAGAGAGUGCAGUGGCUUUGUAGUGUUUUGAGCAUGUUUGCACAGCCUACAACAGGCUUGUACCUUCGCAGACCUGGUGAAAAUGAAUCAUGACCAUCAAUAAAAUAUACUUGUAAAUUUG